AAAGUGAUUCAGAGAGUUUGCAAAUCCGAGUGAACGUAUUUAAUUUUCACGACCUCCAAGCCACGCCCAACCUCCCAUUCUUUACUUUCUUCCUCUGCAACUGCCAUAUCUAUAUUCACUCCGAAACCCUAGAAAACAUUGACCCACUUUGUAAAUGUGAUCAUCUCACAAACCCUAGAUUCAUAUUCACAAGCAAGACCUGACUGACCCCAGAUUCAGCUCCGACCUACUUCAGCAAUGGCCAAUAAUUUCUUGUUCAGGUACUUCAUAGCACUAACUUUACUCAUUUCCCACUUCAAUGUCUUAUGGGCAGACCAAAGUUCCCCUUUUUCCUUCAAAAAUUUUGUUAAAGAUCCCGGCUUUGAUUCCAACAUUGCUUUAUAUGGGGAUGCCAAGGUUGUUAAUGAUGAGUUUUCAGUUCAACUUACUAACUCUUUUAGUUCAAGUGCUGGGCGAAUCAUGUAUAAGAAACCCAUCAAGCUUGUUGUUGAAGGUGAGCCUAGGACUUUAGCUUCCUUUUCAACAAAUUUCUCCUUUUCUAUGUUUGAGGGAAGCGGUGGUGAUGGUUUGGCUUUUGUUAUGGUUCCAAGUGCUUUACCUUUUGAUGGGUUUGGUAAUAGCUCAUUUGGGCUCUCUCAAGCAUUGGAGAAAGAUAAAUUUAGAGUUAUUGCCAUUGAAUUUGAUACCUUUAGAGAUGACAAGUAUGGUGAUUUGAAUGACAAUCAUGUGGGAAUUGAUGUGGGUAGUCUUUCAUCAGCUAAAGUUAGCAAUAUUUCCUCUCACAAUAUGUGGUUGAAUAGUGGUAAGAAAAUGACUUCUUGGAUCGACUAUGAAGCUGGCUCGAAGAGAUUAGAGGUUAGGUUGAGUCAUUCUGGUGGUACCAAGCCGGUUGAUCCACUGCUCUCUUACCCAAUUGAUUUAUCAAAAAUGUUGAAUGAUGAGGAAGUUUUCAUGGGCUUAAGCUCUUCAACUGGAAAUUCUACCCAGAUAUGUUCUGUGUACUCAUGGAGCUUUAAUCUAAGGCGAGUUCCUCAUUGGAUGCAUUCACAGCCUUUGGAUCCUGAAAUUGUCGGUAAGAACACGAAAACAUCGCUGCCUGCCCCUAAGCGGACUGAUUGCUUACUGAGAGUGCUUGCUGCUCUGAUUCUUGGUGCUGCUUGUGGAGCUCUGGGAGCAUCUAUCAUGUUGUAUUUGUGGACCAUCUUCGCAAAUAGGCGUCCUGUUGUGCCUGUGACUCCUGAGGAAUGCACCAUGCACCGCCCUGUGGAUUUUGAGUACAAGAAGGUCAUAGCCGGGUAUAAAGUUCUCGAGGAUGGCAAAAAGGUAGAUUGUUAGAUGGAUCUCGUUGCAAGUUAUGUGAUGUAAAUUCAUCUUCUUUUUUGUCCUUGUAGUUUAGGCUUUGUUGUGUGGUUGUAACUGAUGAUCAAUUGUGAAAAAAAUGGUAGUUUUGUGUUACAUAUUGUUCUGAUGGAGCAAUUAAUGGAGUUUUAACUUUCAAUUGAGAA